AUGCCGCACAACGAGUUCAUCCUCAGCCAGCUGGUCUUCGUCAACCUGAUGGUGAUGCUGUCCCGGGGCAUUCCUCAGGUUCUGACCGCUCUGGGCAUCACUAUGCUCUUCGGUGAGCACUUCUGCAAAACAAUCAUCUUCGCCUACCGCCUUGGCCGCGCCAUGUCCAUCACCAUCACCUCCCUGCUGAGCUCCUACCAGUGCGUGGUCAUUGCCCCGCCCACUUCUGGCUGGACCUGGCUGAAACGCUGGGUUCCUGGCCACCUCCCCCACGCCAUCGUCUUCCUCUACGGGCUCAAUAUGGUCGUCCACUCCACCGCCAUCCUCUUUACCCACGCCGUUCCGGCUAACGGCUCAGUCCCAGAAUUCACCAUUCACCUGAAGUUCUGCAUCGUGGUGUUCCCGGGCUACAUAGCGUACACGGCCUGCGGUAUGAUGUACACUGUCCGAGACUUCGCCUUCGUCGGCCUGAUGGUGGCAGCGGCAGUGUACGUGAUGCUGGUCCUGCAUCGGCACCGUCAGCAGGUUCAGGGCCUGCAGGGGGCCGGCCGGAAGACGGAGGAGGCAUCGCGUGCCGUCCUGCUGCUCGUGAGCACGUAUGUGGUGCUGUUCGGCUUGGACAACGUGCUGUGGUUCUACACGCUCUCUGUCUCCCGCGUGCACCCGGCCGUCUCCGACGCACGCGUCUUCUUCGCCACCUGCUACUCCGCCAUCAGUCCUGUGCUCAUCAUCGCCACCAACAAGAAACUGGCCACCUACUUUCUGUGUGGCUCCAAACGCAAGGCAGCAGAAAUCGCCCCCAGCAGCACAGAGUCCAAGGCUUCGCCAGUUACAAUAACACAAUGA